CACACACACACACAUGCACUUCUUUACAAUUUUCUAGAAAUCCAUCCGCUCGCUGAACAGCAGCUUGCGGUUCAAAAGAAUGAAGAAAGAAUUUAGCAAAGACUUGAACCCCGAAGACGUGCUUAUCGAGGAACAACUACUCGAGAAUGAGGUUGAAAGCCACAGCGAGGGCGAAGACUCGGGCCAAUACGAGAGCCCCACAGUGAGCGAGGAGAGUCAACACACGAGCGAGAUCGAGACCGAGGACGAGACCGAGGAGGAGACCGAGGAGGAGAUCGAGGAGAUCGAGGAGGAGACCGAGGAGGAGAUCGAGGAGUCCGAGGAGGAGACCGAGGAAGAGUCCGAGGAGCCCGAGGAGGAGACCGAGGAGGACUGCGAUUACGUGCCCGAGGAGGAGACCGAGGAAGAGUCCGAGGAGUCCGAGGAGGAGAUCGAAGAGGAGAUCGAGGAGGAGACCGAGGAGUCCGAGGAGGAGACCGAAGAGUCCGAGGAGGAGACCGAGGAGGACUACGAUUACGAACCCGAGGAAGAGACUGAGGAAGAGACCGAGGAAGAGACUGAGGAAGAGAUCGCGGAGGAGACCGAGGAAGAGACUGAGGAAGAGACCGAGGAGGAGACCGCGGAGGAGACCGAGGAAGAGACCGAGGAGGAGACCGAGGAAGAGACCGAGGAGGAGACCGAGGAAGAGACCGAGGAGGAGACCGAGGACGAGGACGCAGCGCGUCUGAAGCGCACCGCCGCUGACACGCUCUCCGAGGACGUCUUCCCGGCAAAGAAACGCCUGCGCCAUGAGUGAUGAGGGGAGUCGUGCGCUUCCCUAAGGGGUUUGGACGAGCCUCAGGUCAGUGAAAAAUGAUUAAAAAAAUACACAAAAAAAGACACAAUAAAGAAAAAAUAAUUUAUGUUACUUAUAUUAACAUAUAGAUAAUCAUAUUCAUUCAUAUUCGUGCUUUCACCAAUGCCGUGUUUGACGAAUGACUUGGCGCCAUGUUGACAUCAUG